GUUGGCUUUCCAACAAACUGGCAUGGAUAAAUAGCCCGGUUGUAGUAUGGUCUAGAAAAGUUUGCGAUAUUUAUCACAUUGAAAAAUUAUUUUAUGCCAGGUUUUCUCAGAUUCCUUUAAACUGUUUCGUUGAGCUUUUAAGCUUUGUGGAUCGUAGAGGAACCGAGUAAGACCAUUUUUUUCGUUGAUCUUCACGUCUAUAUCCGAAGAGUAACUAUAAGACAGGAGAGGCAGUAUUUUCCGGCAUUUCUCGGCUGCUCGUUUACAACGCAAUUUUGCAGGUCGGAAUUGAUUAGAUGGACGACGGUCUAACGAAAAAAGAGGAGUUUGUGAGCGUUUGGGUCAGAGAUCCUAGGAUACAGAAGGAUGAUUACUGGCAUACGCACCUGGAUUAUGAAAUCUGUUUACAUACCAACAGCAUGUGCUUCAGGAGGAAGAUCUCAUGUGUGAGACGAAGAUACCGUGAGUUUUUGUGGCUCCGGCAGAGACUCCAGGAUAAUACAUUUCUCAUAGAGCUACCUAAACUUCCUCCCCGGAACCCCUUCUUCAGUCAGAGCAACAGUUUCCAUAUCAACAAGAGGAUGAAGAAGCUACAACAGUUCCUGGAAGAGCUCGUGGAGAUCCCUCUGCUGCUGUCCGACAGCUGCCUGCACCUCUUCCUGCAGUCCGAGCUCAGCGUGUCUAAGAUCGAGGCCUGCGCUUCGGGGCUGACGCGCUACUCGGUGGCCGAAGCCAUCCAGCGCUGUGGGCCGCAGAGCCGUUUCCCUUCUGAGGAAGACCUCUGCCCUCCAGACACCGUCUGCUUCGCCUUGGACCUUGAUAGCACUUCAUCUUCGUGCACUGGGACCAGCAGCGACCCUGGCACGCCCGAAGGGAACGAGAUGCCCCAGGAUGACAGCCCCCCUAGCUGAGGCCCCCCCAGACAGGGAGUGCUCUGUGGUUCCCUGUCACCUCCACCCUGUGCUGGUGAAGAAGCACCAGCUGUGCUGAUCCGACCUUCUGAUCUAGGGUUCUGGAGUUUCGCCCUAAUGUUCACCAAGAUUUGCUCUGGUUUCCGUCCCUAUACUGUGUGUCUAGGCAGUUUUUUUUACACGUCUCGCCUUGUGUGAAAGUGUCCUUUUUAAUCGUUCAGUGUUUCCAACAUUUUUAGGCUUGUUUUAUCAAGUUGAUUGUAGAUAUUUCAGUGAAGCGUAGGCAUUGUUGCAGGUUUUAAGAAGACUUCUGUGAAUGCUUUGUAAUAUUUACUUUUUACAAAAGUGUGGAGUAAGUUGAAGUGACUUUUUAUGUUUUUCUUUGAGGGGGGGGAACCAUCGGUCCACCAGACUUUGAAUUCUUAGAUGGAGGUUGACGUUUAAAAAUGUGCUGCAUCCACUGCAUUUUGACUUUUUAAAUAACCUUUCAGUAUGUGUUUAACUGCGGUAAUGGAAAAAUAAAUGUUUCUGAAAGAAA